CGAUAUGUGAUGUUGGCUGUGGACUUACAAGGCGAGUAAUUGGUGUUCAUCACACAUAGGAUUUGCAACAUACUCGUGUUUUAAUUUUUUUUUAAUUUUAUUUUUUACAUGGAUAUAUUUUUUAGCUGCUGCGCGAGGAAGGAGUGAGCUUUGAGGUCUCUCCGUGUUUUCUAAGACCGAAAUAGUCGCUGUCUGUCAGGAGGACUGGUGUUGUGUUGAUGUCAUCACGGCAGAGCUGUAGCGACCUUCAAUUCCUGCAAGAUUAGGGAAAAACAAAGACUCGUCCGGAGGUUCUUUUGCCUCCUGCUCUUUUGUUAGGGUUUGUGUGUGACACUUUCGCUAGUAAAGGCGAGGAUGAUGGGACUUUUGCUGCGCGGCGUCCUGCUGCUCUCCGCCUGCACUUUCACCGCCAGCGUAGAUUUUCAUCUGGGAUCUGAAGCGCUCGGAAACCAGCCGGUUUUUGUGAGACGCCGGAGCCCUGCGGAGAGACCGGCCACCAGGCUCGGGGGGAGAAAACGGAGAGCCACCGAGCAGGAUGGGGAUGAGUCGUGCAAAGGGCUUCAGGGAUCCCAAACCAAGUUAGCAGACAACACCCACCCGUAUGCCUUUAAUGACCUGAGCGGGUCGGUGUCGCUUGCCUGGGUUGGAGAUGGCAGAGGGGUUAUUCUGGCUUUGACGACUUUUCAGGUGCCCUUCUUCAUGCUGAGACUGGGACAGUCCAAACUCUAUCGUAGUGAGAACUACGGGAAGUCCUUCCAGGAUGUGACCAGCUUAAUCAACAACACCUUCAUCAGAUCAGAGUUUGGUAUCGCAAUCGGCCCAGAGAACUCGGGGAAAGUUAUCCUAACAGGGGAAGUAUCUGGAGGUCAGGAGUCUCGGAUUUUUGUCUCUGGAGACUUUGGAAAGAGUUUCACCCACCGGGACUUGCCUUUCAUCCCCAUGAUGCAGAUCACAUAUGAUCCUGACAGUUCAAAUGUGCUUGUUGCCCUCAGCAGCAGUAAUGAACUGUGGCUCUCUGAGGAUUUUGGCAGUAACUGGAGAAAGGUCGAGAACAUGGUGUGUUUGGUGAAAUGGGGUAGGAGAAAUACCAUCUUCUUUACAACCAGCAGGAAUGGAUCCUGCAGUGAUCGAGGAAUGUUGGAGCUGAAAAGGACAACGGACUACGGCAAAACCUCCAAGACUGUCGCCAAUAAAAUCUUCUCUUUUGGUCUGGGUGGACGUUUCCUCUUUGCCUCUGUAAUGACGGGACAGGGCACACUGAGGAUGAUUCACGUGUCGGUGGACCAUGGUGAGACUUGGAACAUGGCCCAGCUGCCGCCUGUUGGCCACGAGCAGUUCUACUCCAUUUUGGCAGCGAACGAUGAGAUGGUCUUCAUGCAUGUUGAUGAGCCUGGAGAUACUGGAUUUGGUACCAUUUAUGUUUCGGAUGACCGGGGCACGGUCUACUCCAAGUCACUGGAGCGUCACCUUUACACCACCACGGGGGGUGACACAGACUUCACCAACAUCACCUCCCUACGAGGGGUUUUCGUCACCAGCAUUCUGGCCGAAGAUAAGUCCGUGCAGUCGGUGGUGUCCUUUGAUCAGGGAGGGGAGUGGGUCCCCUUGAGGAAACCUGCCAACACCAAGUGCGAUGCUACAGCCAAGGACCCGGACAAGUGCAAUCUGCACAUCCACGCCGCUUACAGCAUCGCUAUGAAGCUGACCGUCCCCAUGCCGCCUCUGACGGAGCCAAAUGCCGUGGGUCUCAUCCUGGCUCAUGGCAGUGUUGGGGACGCCAUCUCCGUGAUGCGACCUGAUGUGUACGUGUCUGAUGAUGGGGGUUACACCUGGAUAAAGGCACUUGAUGGACCCCAUCACUAUGCCAUUCUGGACUCAGGGGGGCUCCUGGUGGCCGUGGAGCACAGCCCGACCCAGCCCAUCAGCAAGAUCAAAUUUUCCACUGAUGAAGGACAGUGCUGGGGUGUGUACACCUUCACUGAAGAUCCCAUCUUCUUCACUGGACUGGCAUCGGAGCCGGGAGCUCGAUCUAUGAACGUGAGCAUCUGGGGCUACAGAGAAUCCUUCCUCAGCGAGUACUGGAUCUCUUUCACCAUUGACUUCAGGGAGCUUCUCACCAGAGAUUGCGAUGACGAGGACUAUGUGCAGUGGUUGGCCCACUCUGAUGACAUCAGCGACCCAAACGACGGCUGCAUGCUGGGUUACAAAGAGAAAUUCCUGCGGCUCAGAAAGGACUCCGUUUGCUGGAAUGGACGGGAUUACGAAAUCACCAAACAGCCGACCCUGUGCCCGUGCACCCUGGACGACUUUUUGUGUGACUUUGGAUUCUACCGCAAAGAGAACAGCUCUGAAUGUGUGGAGCAGCCGGACCUGAAGGGCAAAGUGCUGGAGUUCUGUCUGAACGGAAAAGAGGAGCAGCUGCAGACCAGCGGAUAUAGAAAAAUCCCUGGAGAUAAAUGUGAAGGAGGGAAGAUGCCCGAGCGUAAAGAGAUCGACCUCAGUAAGAGGUGUGUCAGUGACCUGGUGGGCCCAGACCUUCUGGUAGGUCAGCAGUCCUCAAAGUCUGUGCCCGUCGUAGUGACGGUCGUCAUCUUCGUCAUGCUGCUGAGUAGCGCAGCAGGAGUCGUCUUUGUUAGGAAAUAUGUCUGUGGUGGCAGGUUUUUGGUUCACAGAUACUCGGUGCUGCAGCAGCAUGUUGAGGACAACGCCACUGACGAGAUGGACGACGCGCUGGAGAGCAACCACACACAAAACGGCAAAAUAGAGUUUCACGAUGACUCUGAUGAGGAUCUGCUUGAAUAGCAGGCUCCACCUGUUAUUCAGCAGGUUUCCAGUCCAGCCCGUGGCCCGGCCGCUGUUCCCGUCACUCUCGUCUCCAGUUACUUCUUCCUUCCACCCUCUGGUAAUAACUUUGGCCUCAGCUACUGACGGAGAGUCUGCCUCGCUCUGCUGUCAACAAUGAAGUUUUAAUGAAUGUAUGAAGGUUUUCCAGAAGCUCAUGCCACAGUCGAGAACUGUGAAAGAGGUCUUGUGUUGUGAGUUGUUUAGUGGGUUUGAAUCUCAGCUAUUUAUUGUAGAGAAUGAAGAACUGCUGCAGUAACAGCUGAACUGCUGACCAGAGCCAGGGUCAUGGUUUUAAAGAAAAGCCAGAUGUACAAAUCCUCCCCUGCUCUAUGCGUUUUACUUCUCCCAUCAGCUGGAUAUACUCCUGGUGGUACUUCUCAUUUCUGUUAAAGAUUUGUCAUUUUUAUCAUGCACUUGUAUAUAUUCCUGUUUUUCUUUGCAGUUUUUUUUCUCUUGUGAUAUUAGUUUGAGUGUUGAAAUGGUUGCAGAUGGUUUCUGGUUAAUAAUGAUUCCAGACCACCUCAGUCUUAAUUCAUUCUUUAAUCGUGCAUAUGUCAGAAAUAUUCCCCAAAUCACCAGACUUUUAUAAAUUUGAGAUUUGGGCUUCAUUGAAUUGUGAAAUUAUAUUUUUUCGAGUCUGUAUUUGAAAUACAAGCCUGCAUACUUUUAGAUAAUUUGUCAUUUGGGGGUUUAUGAUUGAAGUAAUACGACUCAAAGAAAAAAAAAGUCAAUUUCUAUAAAGAUUAAUAGCAAUAACAUAACAUUUUGUACAUUUAGUAUAUUGUUCAUCCAAGGUAAAUAAACUUUUUAGGUACAACAUAUCUUAAUGCUGUUAGUCAUCUAGUGGAAAUGUCAUUCCGCAAAAUGUGUAAUGCGUCGACUUCCAGGAUGUUGAAGUGUGUCUGUUUCAAGACAGAAUUUGUUUAAACUUUGACUGCAGUUCUGACUGCUGAAAGCACAACGUCCUUUUGUAAGGUAACAGUUUGUAGUUGAGUCUUUCCUUUAAAAGUGACGUAUUGUAUUAGGACAUCAUUGUAAUCAUCAAAUAUAUAUAUAUAUAUAUAUAUAUAUAUAUAUAUAUAUACAUACAUACACACACACUGUAUUUGUAUUAAUUUGUCCAACUUAUCAGUUCAUGUAAUAUCUGAGGAAGUCUGAGUCAGAUAUAUCAAAAAUCUUAAUUUCAUAGUUGAUAUGGACACAUUGUAUUGAAAUUUACUUUUCACUCUUUGCAAAAUAGUCAGAUGACGUAGCAUGGCAAUAUAAUUUGGUAAUGGAAACUGAAAAACAGUGCAAAAAAAAAAAAGAAGCAAAUAAGUGUUGAAAAUUCUGUAGUCUAAUUCCUGCUGAUGCCUGUCAAAACAUGGUGGAUAAGAUACAAUACAAGCUUGACUGAGUUUGCUUCUUUUUUAAAUAAUAGUUGGAACAAAUUUUCUGAGCUACUGAAGGUUUUUCAAUCGGUUUAUUUAACAAAUCUCUCCAAUUGUGAAAUCUUACUGUUUUUUUUCACAUUUGCUGCAAAGCUGUCUGUCUCGUGUUAAAUGCUUUGCUUUCAUGCAGGUUUCUUUAUGACAAGCUGAUUCGAUGUGCAUUAGAUUGGAUGUGGUCAAAAAGUGCCUGGUUGAGGAUCUGACAUGCAGCUGUCAUCCAUCUAUGAUCAUUAUUAGUAUUAGCUGAUAUGUAACCUGUUAAAUUAUGUCAUUGAUGCCCUCAAAUUGCACAUUUUACUUAAGAUAACUUCUUCAGCUGCAAAUGUUCCCCAUUGAAGUGCAUGUCGACUCUUAACAAUGCUUAAAGUUUUUUUUUAAAGAAAUGGUCUGUUUAGUUUCCCUUUUGUUUGCUGUUUUUGACUUAAUACUGAGACAGUUUAAAAAGUUUGCUGAAAUAUAAAACUAAGUUAAUACAGGGUUACCAUGUAGCUGCUUUACACUGGAAAGCACCUGAUUAGGUUUAUUUAAUGAAAUAUUUCAAUGUAUUAUGUGAGGGUAACACAUUUUUUUUCUUAGUCUGAAACUACUGUAUAAAUUAAAUUUGAUGGUUCUGUAAAUAUACAAGGUUGCACAUUUAUAACUGCUGUUUCUUUUCUGUAUAUUUAAAGCUAUUUUCUUCGAGUUUAACAUUAAACUCACAUGUUCCUCUAA